AGAGAAGAGCUAAAAGGCGUGUCUAGAUGUUCGGGUCCCGCCCCCUUGGUUUUAUUUCGCGCCUGCGCUUUAAAUGCAGUGAAAGUGAUCUCGAUGCUUAGUUGCGCGAGACAGUUGGGGUUCUGGGGUUUGGGAGCGACCAGCCUUCGUAGUUCAGGCCAGCUUCUGACGUCCUCUUACGCAAUGGAUUUGGGGCCCCUUCGGAAGAACUACAGAGGAGACGAGGAGGCUUUUGAGGAGAAACAUCUUGUCACGCUUGACCCCAUUAAGCAGUUCUCUGCAUGGUUUGAAGAAGCAAUGAGAUGUCCAUUGAUUGGGGAAGUAAAUGCUAUGUGCUUGGCCACUUGUACCAGGGAUGGAAAGCCUUCUGCUCGGAUGUUACUUUUGAAAGGUUUCAGCCACGAAGGCUUUCGCUUCUUCACCAAUCACGAAAGCCGGAAAGGAAGAGAACUGGAUUCCAACCCAUUUGCUUCUAUGGUCUUCUACUGGGAGCCCCUCAAUCGCCAGGUGCGAAUCGAGGGCUCCGUAGAGAGGCUUCCUGAGCAGGAAUCUGAGAAGUACUUCCACUCACGUCCAAAGAGCAGCCAGAUCGGGGCUCUUGUGAGUCGGCAAAGCACAGUGAUCACAGACAGAGAGUAUUUAAGGAGGAAAAAUGCAGAACUGGAAGAGAAGUACCGAGAAGCCAAGGUACCUAAGCCAGCGUAUUGGGGUGGCUAUAUCUUAAAGCCAGAUGUCAUAGAGUUCUGGCAAGGGCAAACAAACCGUUUGCAUGACCGCAUUGUCUUCCGGUACGUCCAGGACAGCAGCACACCUUUGGGGCCCAUGACCCACAGAGGAGAAGGGAACUGGGUGUAUGAAAGACUCUCCCCUUGAAAAACUUUACAUGGUUCAGCCUCUAUACAUUGUUCUUAGAAUAUCUGUGCCAAAAUCUGUGUUCCCUACUUAUUCCUGAGACAGAGCAGGCCAAGGACCAGUGGGACAAGACAUUGUAUCUUCAUGUAAAAUGACUGGGUUCAAAUCAUUGCUCAGCAGUAAUUAGGACCUUGUACUGGACACUAACUCUGUGCCUAAUCUACCUCGUAGGGUUGUUGUAAAGCUACAGCGUGUUUAUCCCUAUCUAGGCAAACUACAAACGUUUUAAUUCUGUAGGUGUUUAGAAUGCAACUCUGGUACAGCAUUAAGCUGUUCACACCUAUUUGACUUUUGUACCUUCAGAAUCAUGGCAUCUUGGGAAUUUAUGCUGGAAAAUAGAAUUCUCAAACCCACACCUAAAACCCAUGCUCUUGUGAUAACAGUGGUAGGGGAUCAUGACAGACUGGGUUAAUUUUGUAACAGGUGGAUAAACUUUAUUUGAUUCUACGUUCAUGAAGAGCAGAUAAAUUUCAGUUUGUUGUUCAUAAUGGCAGUUAAAAUGCUUUUUAUUUAGAUGGGUUUUAACAAUAAUGACUGCUGAGGAAGGGGCUUUUACUGAAAGUUACUGUGCUUAUUCAUGUGCUUUUAGUUUUGAACUCAACUGCAUUUUAAUAUUUUCAUUUCUUUUAUUAUGUUUUCAUAUUAUCAUACAGUAUAUUGUUUUGAUUGCACCUGUUUUUAUUGCAGGCAGCCCUGAAUCUCACUUUUAGAGAGAAAGGCGGCAUAUAUAUUCAAUAAAUAAACUCAGGUAGUUGGACACAUGAAGUAGAACAUACUUGUGCUCUGCAGUUUGUAAAUUAUGCAGAUUGAGUGGAUAGGCACAAUUCAGCAGCUAUGAUGAAUUGUAAAAACAUAAUUCUGGGUGACGACCAGAAAUGAUGGAAGCCAGGAGAUUAAAAACCAGAAAUAUUUUCUUUAAGAACUGGUGUGUGAGCUUGGGUUUUUUCUCUUCCCUCCUGUUCCUUUUUUCUUGUGUAUCAUCACACUUCAAGUAUUAGUUUUAUUUUACUCCCCCCCCUUUAAUUUGUAAAAGCUUAGGAACUUGCUUUAAAAAUAAUAAAAAGGGAAAAACAAUCUUCUUAGGAUGCUGGAAUCUGACCUGUGUAUCAUAUCCCUUGCAUGCCUGGCAACCCAAUAACACACAGAAUAUGGAGAAUUAGACACAGACGUUGUGUCUCAAGUCACUUAAGAGAGGCAGUUUUCCAUCGGCCGCCCCCCCAUCUGCAGUACCCCAUACUGUAUCUCCCACUAUUCCUAAGGGGCCCAAUUUCAGUUCAGGUAAGUGCAGAGGGACAGGACAGGUGCAAGAACCCUUUUUACAAGUAUUUGUAGAAGGAAUAUUAGAGCCCAGACUAAUCAUUUUUGACUGCAGGAGCCUUGUUCCACUUUCCCAAUGUGACAUGUAUUAUAUGUGCAUUUUGGAGUGGUUUUGUCAAACCAUAACUGGUUCUUGCCUAGCCAGAAAUGUAAUUGCAAUAGUAGAAAACUAACUGACCUUUAGGGCAUCACAUGUAUUCGUAAUUUCUGUUUGUGCACUGUGUUGUGUUCUUUAUAAACAGUGUUCAAUGGCACUGUCCCCAGAAAUCCUCGUCAUUAUGUCUGGUAGAUCUGGCAUCUGCAUGUUGCUAUCUACUGUCUUAGAAUCUGUGCCUGUGUAUGCUUUGGACAAUAAAAGUCUAGUGAAUGAUGGCUGAA